UUUUCCCUGGGACUCAGAGAGCAUGCUGGAACAUUUGUUCGACUUUGGGCACCAAACCGAGUGAAGACACUUCACCGAAACGCUCUCAACAAUGGAGAGGUUAAGAUGAAUCUCCAGUUGUCUGCAGCCUCUUUGCUCUUCUAUGUGCUUCGAUCUCUUGGCAAUAGUAUUGUGCUAAAAUCAGAAACCCAAUUUCCACAAAGCCAAAAUCGGAUUAUGAUACACGUCGGAGUUGCUUCCAGUGUGGGAAGUUUGAGAGUUUCGUCAGAUAUUUGCUAUGUUUGGUGUGAUUUUCUUACCGAGACAAUAGAUUGCGAAGAGCGAGUGAACGUAUUGCAGUCGUCACCAGGAAGCGGGUGCCGAAACCAUACGGAUACGACGGAGCUGUAGUGUUGGUUCAUGGAAAUGCGCUGUGUAUAGCGAACGGAAUAACGGUUCUACGUACCAGAAUACUCCGACCAACACAUUAAUACAAGAAAACCCGCUUUUAUUAAAGCCACACAAUCAAUAGCCUCUCAGAAUGAACACCAAACCACCACUUCAGGUUCCCAACUUUAUUGGCAGUGGUACAUCAUCUCGUCCACAAAGCCCAUCACUGUGUUUUUCCACCACAGCGUCAAAGAUAGAUAAAAAUGAAGCUGUUACACUCUGUGGCUGCCAGCAAGCACCGAAAUCUCAAUGCGCUUCGGCUCUGGGAGUUCUCGUGCUGGUACUGGCCUACACAGCUCUUGGAUCGGUACUUUUCGUCACGCUGGAAGGCGAUGGCGAGGAUGGAGAUAUUAUUGAGACAUCCGUUGCGGCAUCCAAACCAUAUCCAAGGCAUGAUUUAGUUAGUGCAGAAAUGCGCCUCAAGACUGUUGAUCGAUUGUGGUCCAUUACAGAAGAUUUAAACAUUCUGUAUAAAGAAAAUUGGACCCGUUUGGCAGCGCAGGAGAUAUUGCAUUUUCAGGAUACGAUAAUAAGAUCAGUUCGAGCAUCUCGCACUCAACAGGUGACCAAUGUACAGCAAAACACACGGCCCUACAAGUGGACAUUUGCGUCCGCUUUCCUGUACUCGUUAACGUUAAUAACAACAAUAGGUUUUAGCGGCAUCUCUCCACGGACCCAAUGGGGACGUGUAGCAGCACUGAUUUAUGCGCUUUUCGGAAUACCCAUCAUAUUGCUGUACCUCUCGGCCAUCGGCGAAGGCUUGUCGAGUGGUAUGCGUUGUCUUUUUCGACGACUACGACCGAACCGCUCCUCUCCGGGGAGCACCAACAACAGCAACAGCAGCAGCUCCAGCAUUGGCAGUGUCAGCGUUCCGAUGAGCAGCAAAGCCACGGUGGCAGAGAUGCACAAACGGUCGCAGCAAUCGAGCUACCAUCAAACCUGGAAUCACGGUGGCACUACCAUUCACGAUCCCUGCGCAUACGCCCUCAACGCGCACGGUUUGCGUGGCGGAAUGGCUGCCAACAACAAACUGCACUCCCAAUCCGUUGUACCAAUAUCGGUCUGCAUUAUGAUACUGAUCUGCUAUAUUACACUAGGGGCGGUGCUGUUUCAUAAACUGCAGCCUUGGGGCGUUUUGGAGAGCCUUUACUUUUGUUUUACUUCCCUUGGUACCAUCGGGUUCGGAGAUCUCAUGCCCAAGGGUACCGUUGCACAAUACGCCGCAUCAGCGUACAUCAUUAUUGGUAUGGCCGUCGUGGCGAUGUGCUUCAGUCUUAUCCAAACGGAGCUUAUCAUCUGGUUGAAGAAGUUUACCAUCCCGGAAUCACUGCCCACCUCCACCGAGGAUGUGGCGCUCGUUUCCGUCGCCAUGACGCCAAUAAAAUCCUGACAACGGCCCAACGAUUUCAUCCCCAACGAGUACAACUCGCUUCCGCGCCGCUCUAGCGCAUUUCAUCGCAAUACUCCUGCGCGGCGCUCGACCGGCAUCAUGGAGAAUCACAUGGAAUAUUUCGUACCUCGCAGCGUUAGCGAAUUUAAUCUGUCUGGCGUAGGCGAUCUCGCGCUCCCACCGCCCAAGCGCAACCUGGUGACGCAGCACGCGGCCAGCUCGACCAUGCUGGCGGCACCGAAGCCACGCGAAAAGAUGGUCACGUUCGAGGACGAAUCCAAAUUUCUGCACGGCGUGCCUACUACCCCGCGAAAGCCGACCCUGACCAACGAUGUGUUCAUGUGACGGGACGGAACCCGCAAUGGUGAUACGCCUCCACCGAACCAGUAUCCAAACGAUGUGAUCAAGGUUUGAUAGGACUGAAACACCUUCGCUCGACCAGCUUCCGGCUAGUUUCAGCAAUACAUUCUACCGCUGUU